AAAUCCUCCCCAAUCCACCCUCCCCGAGAGAGACCAGAGGAAUCGUCAUCCGCCACCAGGCUCAACUGCUCAAGGCACGGCACCCCCUCCUCAUCUCUCUCGUCGGCGAGCUAGGAGAAAACGCGCGCAUACGUCCAACCACUUACGCAGGGCCAGCCAAUCGCGUACGGUUCUGGUGGGAAUGGGCCUCCUCGACCAGCUCUGGGACGAGACGGUGGCCGGCCCGCGCCCGGAGUCCGGCCUCGGCAGGCUCCGCAAGUACUCCUCCUUCUCCCCCUCCUCGUCGUCCUCCCUGGCCCCGGCAGCGGCGGCCGACGCGCCGCCGCCCGCAGUGACGCGCAGCAUCACCAUCGCCCGCCCGCCGUCGCUCUCCGUCGACCAGUCGCCGCGCGGCGAGUCCUACAGCUCCUCCGUGCCGUCCUCCCCGGCCAGCGCGCCGGACUCCCCGUUCGCCACAGCUACGACGCCCAAGGCUGAUAGCUGGAGGAGGCUUCGCCGGAAACCCAAGGCAUCCGAGGGGCCGGAGCCGGCCGUCGGGCGGAGGAGCCCCACCGUGUACGACUGGGUGGUGAUCAGCUCGUUGGACCGGUGAACCAGCGCGAAUCCUGCGGCGGCGGAAUAAGCAACCGAGCAGAGGACGGACGUACAGAGGAAGCUAGCAGCUAGCGUGUGUGUGUGUUUGCCAGUUCGAGGCCGCGUCGUGCUUCUACAUAUGUUCUGUGUUCUUCUGAAUCCGUGUCUGACAAGUCUGGGGUGGCAUGUGUAGGGUAGUGUAUCUAGAGUCCUGGUAGGAUGAUGAUGAUGAUCAGUUCGUGGGAAUCGGAUUGGAAGUAGGCGGGCGGCGAUGAAAGUCUCUAGUUUUGGCCUUGGCAAGACGUGUUGUUCAAUUCUUCGAUCUGUGGAAGAAGUCUGAAAUGAGGAUCUCGUGUACGCCCGCCUGCUUUAUUUUCUGCCCUCCCCUGUAAUUGCCUAGUACUGUGUUCAAUGCAAAGCAUAUGGCUGAUGGCUCUGCUUUCUUCUGCUCCUCUGAAAA